AUGACCCACGUCGACGACGCGAACCUCACCCAACGCGUGGCCGUGCGCGGCGACGCGAUCUUGACGAACCCGCGAUGGAACAAGGGCACCGCGUUCACCAUCGAAGAGCGCACGGCGUUCGGACUUACCGGGCGACUCCCUUUCAGAAUCAACACACUUGACGAGCAAUGCGACAGAGCGUAUGAUCAACUGGAGGCUCGCGAAGAGCCCCUGCGCAAGAACACGUUCCUCCAGAGCUUGAAGGACCAGAACUGGGUCUUGUACUACGCGCUGCUAUCUAGGCAUCUCAGGGAACUGAUUCCAGUCAUCUACACGCCGACGGAGGCGGAAGCGAUUUCGAACUAUUCGCAUCUCUUCCGCAGGAGCGAGGGCCUUUACUUGACAUUCCCCACCCAGGACUCCAUGGAAGCAGACUUCCUGGAACAGACUAAGGGCCGACAAAUAGACCUCGUUGUCUGUUCCGAUGCCGAGCAAAUUCUGGGAAUCGGCGACCAGGGCGUGGGGAUUUCCAGCGCCAAGUCUGCGAUCUAUACACUGCUCGCGGGAGUGAAUCCGGCUAGGGCCCUCGCCGUGACCCUGGAUGUAGGAACCGACAACGAUGACUUGCUGAAUGACCGCCUAUACGUCGGCUGGCCGCACCACCGCGUUCGCGGCGAGGAAUACAACCAGUUCAUCGACAAGUUCGUCCAACUGGUCCGCAAGUACCACCCGCACAGUCUCCUGCACUUCGAGGACUUCGGCGUCACGAACGCGAAGCGGCUGCUUGACAAAUACCACGACAAGCACGCGGUGUUCAACGACGACGUGCAGGGAACCGGGGCGGUGACGCUCGCGUGCAUCAUGUCCGCCGUCGGGGUCACGAAGUCGAAGCUCGCUGAUCAGCGGUUCGUGGUGUACGGCGCAGGCUCCGCAGGGCUCGGGAUCACGCGGCAGCUCCGCGACGGGAUAGUGACCAUUGACAGCGUCGACCAGGAAGAGGCCAACAAGAGGUUCUACCUGCUCGACAAGAACGGGCUCAUCAAGCAGUCGCUCGGCGCGGAGAAGAUCAGGGAGGGCCUCCAGGAGUUCGUACGUCCCGAUGAGGAGUGGGACGGCGUGCAAGCGAACGACAAGGGCGAGAUCGGGCUGCUGGAGGUCAUCCGGAAGGUGAAGCCGACGGUGCUGAUCGGGUGCUCGACGCACGCGGGCGCGUUCACGGAGGACGUCGUGAGAGAGAUGGCGAAGGGCACCGAGCGCCCGAUCAUCCUGCCGCUCUCGAACCCGAGCAGGCUGCACGAGGUGACGCCGCAGGACGCGAACGACUGGACGGCGGGGAAGGUGCUCAUCGCCACGGGGAGUCCCUUUCCCCCAUACAAGUUGCCGAACGGGCGGGAGUACAUCGUGGCAGAAUGCAACAACGCGCUCAUCUACCCUGGGCUGGGCUUCGGCGCGAUGCUCGCGCAGGCGCGCACGCUGACGGACACGAUGAUCAUCGCGGGCACGCGCCGCCUCGCGGCCCUCGCGCCUGCCCACAAGGACCCCAACGACGCGCUCCUGCCCGACUUUGGGGACGCCCCUGGGGUGAAUUACGAGGUCGCCGUCGCGGUCGUCGAGCAGGCCAUCGAGGAGGGCAGCGCGAGUGUCAACUGGACGAAGGACCAGGUGCGCGAGAAAGUCGCAGAAGCGCAGUGGAAGCCGGUGUACGGUACGUACGUGUACGAUCCGGAGGGCCUCGCGUAG